AUGGGCAUGGGCUCGUUGACUCUGAGGGCUGAAGGGGAAGAUACCUUACCUAAAUAUACAUAUUCGAUCAGUGACAAAAAUUCAAAGUCAACACUAUCCAUGACACCCAUUCUUACUCUACAUCGAGUCACCACCCUGGAAGAGCUGAAAUCAUUGUCUUACAUCGGAGCAGAUGCCUUUCGUGACGAUGCUGGUAUGAGUUGGUUUUUUCCCGGUGGCCGCGACCAUCCUGAAGAUUUUGUUGUGGCAUGGAAGUAUCUUCUACUGCAAGAUUUCUUGGACAGAGGAAAGUUCAUCCUCGCGGCCAAGGUUCGGGAUACCGACGAGGGUGCUGAGGGCGCGGAUAGACACCCCGGCAGAAUAGUAGGAUUUGCAGUAUGGGAACGGACUGGCGUUUGUGAUGCAGCAAAAAGCUGGCAAGGGAGUAGCUUUUCCAAAAAGCUGAAACGGAUCUUUCUCGAUGUCAAAAUUGCCUAUACAUUCUUUCUGGACACACCGCGAAGAUCCAUAUCCUGGUCAAAUCUGAAAUACUUUGGACGUGAGCUUGAUGCAGCUAAAGCUAGUCAACCAGCUGAGACAUGGUAUCUGAGUGUCUUGGCCGUCAGGACAACGGCCCAGGGGCAAGGGGUGGGAAAGAAAUUGCUUCAAUGGGGAAUUGAUCGAUCCGAGGAAGAGGGUAUUCCAUCUACUUUGGUAGCCACUGACGCAGGGUUUCCCUUGUACGGAAGUAGGGGAUUCAAACGCACCGGGUGGCUCUUUUUUGACAACGGGAAACAGAAGCAGACUAUCAUGAGGAGAGAUACCCAUUAUACUUGA